ACCUCAGCAGCGGUCUGUGUGUUUCUGUGCUGCGGAAAUGAAAAUAUUAUAGGAUUUCUCCUGAAAUCUAUGAAAGAGGUGAAGCACAAGCCAUCCUGAAGAAUCUCCAGAACACGCAGAAAUUGUUUGAUACAUUUAACAGACAGAGGAAACAGAGGAAAGUCCCGACAUGGAGAAACAUCAGCACUCUGUCAAGAGUUUUACUAAACAGAGUAAUCUCAAAAAUCACCAGCGCAUUCACACAGGAGAGAAACCGUAUCACUGCUCAGACUGUGGAAAGAGUUUUACUAAACAGAGUAAUCUCAAAAAUCACCAGCGCAUUCACACAGGAGUGAAACCGUAUCACUGCUCAGACUGUGAAAAGAGUUUUAAUCAACAGAGUACUCUCAAAAAACACCAGCGCAUUCACACAGGAGAGAAACCGUAUCACUGCUCAGACUGUGGGACGAGUUUUAAUCAACAGAGUCAUCUUAAACUGCACCAGCGCAUUCACACAGGAGUAAAACCAUAUUACUGCUCAGACUGUGGGAAGAGUUUUAAUCAACAGAGUACUCUCAAAAUUCACCAGCGCAUUCACACUGGAGAGAAACCGUAUCACUGCUCAGACUGUGGGAAGAGUUUUACUACACAGAGUAAUCUCAAAAUUCACCAGCACAUUCACACAGGAGAGAAACCGUAUCACUGCUCAGACUGUGGGAAGAGUUUUUCUACACAGAGUAAUCUCAAAAUUCACCAGCACAUUCACACUGGAGAGAAACCGUAUCACUGCUCAGAGUGUGGGAAGAGUUUUACUCAACAGAAUCAUCUCCAAAAACACAAGUGCAGUAACACAGAAGAGAAAACUAUCCCAAAUUUGUUCCACGGCAAUUAAAAGUACAAAUCCUAAAUCUUUCUGACAGAAAACCUUAUCCUACACUAAUGUAUUACUCUGUCACUUGGGACACGUUCCACCAGAAACAAACAUGAACUGAAUUUAACAAUCGAUUUUACAGGUUCAGCAAAAUUAUUCUUAUCCAGGGAUGAUGUUUACUGAAUUCCAUGUUAUGUUUUCUCGUAUGUUUGAUAUUCCAGGACAUUCUUUGUGAGACAGAGCUCAGUUUUUAGGGUAGUUACAGUAGGAGUUCAGUUCUGAAGAAGGGAAGGUCGUUCAAGUUCAAACGAGGGCACUGCCAGAGCUUGCUCCAGACAUUAGAUUAGCAUUAGAUUAACAUAGUCUUUAACAUUUAGAUGUCAUAGUUGUUAGGAGUAGAGUAGUAUUCUUGCAACUAAACGAUUUUGUCGCUGGAACACCCACUACACCCACUUUACCUAUUUUUGGUGGCCUAAAGGAAUUUACUAACCCCCCCCUGAACACACACAUA